CUGGUGACUCUCCGCGGGUCCAUCCUGGAGGACGCCACUCCCACCACCAGCAAACCCGGCACCGUUCGGGGUCUCCCGCUGCGGGACACCCUGGAAUACGUCAUUCCCGAGCUCAACAUCCACUGCCUGCGCCUGGCCCUCAGCACCCCCAAAGUCACCGAGCAGCUCCUCAAGCUGGACGAGCAGGGGCUGUGCCGGCGGCACAAGGUGGGAAUUCUGUACUGCAAGGCCGGGCAGAGCUCGGAGGAGGAGAUGUACAACAACGAGGAGGCCGGGCCGGCCCUCGAGGAGUUCCUGGAGCUCCUGGGGGAGAAGGUUUCCCUCAAAUCCUUCAGCAAGUACGCGGCGCAGUUGGACACCAAGACCGACUCCACGGGCACCCACUCGCUCUACACCACCUACCAGGACUAUGAGAUCAUGUUCCACGUGUCCACCAUGCUGCCCUACACCCCCAACAACCGACAGCAGCUGCUCCGGAAGAGACACAUCGGCAACGACAUCGUCACCAUCAUCUUCCAAGAGCCCGGAGCGCUGCCCUUCACCCCCCAGAACAUCCGCUCCCACUUCCAGCACGUCUUCAUCAUCGUCAGGGCCCACCACCCCUGCACCGACAACGUCUCCUACAG